UCAGAGUAGACAGUUGGUGGGAGCGGCACGGCUGCUCCCGCCCCAGCAGUUGAGGUGUGGCAGUGGUGAGUGAGCUGCUUCACUCUUGUACGCUAACUGCCAGGACAGUGCCUUGCUAUAGGCCUACAAGGUAUACCUGGAGGGGUAUACCAAAGGAAACGCAUUGUUUAUCUCCAGAGGAUAUAUCAAAAGUUCUUUAAGUGUAGGAUGGCAGGGACGGCCCUCAGCGCAUGGUUCUGGAGCGAGAGCGUAUGGCUGCCCCCCGGCUACACUUGGGACCUCCUGGUGCACGCUCAACAUUUUAACUACCCCAAGUUCUACGAUGUGUGGACCUACCCGUUUCUCAUAGCCGGCGCCUUCAUCUUUCUACGCUACUUCGUAUUAACUCCCUUCAUGUUCACUCCCCUUGCUGCUGCCUUGGGUGUCAAGGACACACGUAUACGCCCACCACCGCCUAACGCCCAUCUAGAGGCACUGUUCCGUCAGUAUCGCAGUCAUACUCCCGUGGAAGAGGUUCGCAAGGCUGCGCACACAGCAGGAUGGACGGAGCGACAAGUGGAGAGAUGGCUGAGGCAGCGAGCAAUGUCAGCUCGAACUACCGAUUUAGGCAAGUUCUGUGGCCUAGCCUGGGAGGUGCUCUAUUACAUGGUGUAUUGUGUUUUUGGUCCACUGGUGCUGUGGGACAAGCCUUGGUUCUGGGACAUCCGCCACUGUUGGUAUGGUUUUCCGGAGCAUGAUCUUGAUACAGACGUGUGGUGGUACUACAUGGUGGCUCUGGGGUUCUACUGGUGCAUGACAAUCACUCACACCUUUCAACACCGACGCAAGGAUUCUAAUCAACUUUUUGUACACCAUAUUCUUACCAUUGUGCUUAUAUCGUUCUCUUGGGCAUGUAAUUUUGUACGUAUCGGGACACUGGUGUUGGUGGUUCACGAGUGUGCCGACAUACCAAUGCUCGUGGCCAAGAUGUGUAAACUCUGUGGGAGACAAAGCUGGAUGGAUUCUUUAUUUGUCGUGUUUUUGUUGCUGUGGCUGAGCACACGGACAGGUAUAUAUCCGGUGUGGAUUCUCAGAAGCACAUUCUUCGAGGCUCACGUGAUCCUCAAUGUUUGGUACCCUGUGUAUUAUAUUUUUAACGGCAUGCUGCUGUCGUUGCUGCUUAUACACUUAGGCUGGACCUACCUCAUCCUGAGGAUUGUGGUCAGAAAGCUACAGAACAAGCAGAUAGAUGAUGUACGCUCCUCAACCGAGUAUUCAGCUGACGAAAACGACGAUGAUUCGUGCAAAAAGGACUGAUAAAUGCAAAGUUAGUUUUAACAUGCAUUAUUGCAAUUUCUUCUUGAUUUCCUCCUCUGCUUUCUUGCAAGAACCAAAUAAAUGUUUAGAUAUAUUCA